GAAUUCUCGUUGAGGGAAAUCUCGACCCCAUUGUCGAGGACAGCAGUGCCGCUGCCCUGGGCAUUCGCGGUAUGGGCCGGCUGCGAGAAUUCGGCAACCGUCGAAUUAAGGUGUAUCCAGCUCUGGACGGCGAUCUGGAGGACAAGGAGGACACCGAGGACUUCGUAGCCGAUGCGGGCUUCCGAUUCCCCGAUUUUCUUGGUGAAGAUGUAGCGCAGGCCCCAGAUACGCUUGGAGAGCUGAUAGUACGAGCCGGUGAAGUAGAAGACGGUGAGGGUGGCGGCGUGGAUGGGUGACGGGGAAGUGAUUGCGGCAAGAUGCCUUAGGAUAUAUGAUUGGAACUUAUAGGAUCGCGAGGAUUGCUGCUGGUCCUUCGAUAAGCGGCGUAGGUUGCGCUCGAGCUUGGCGCGGAUCCGGGCGCGGAAUGAAGGAAGGAGGCGGUUGAGGGAGUAUGGGAGAAGGAUGGCGGUUAGGAUGUAGCCAGCUCGGCGCGUUAUGCUGGGUAACCUGAGGGUGUCGUCUUCAAUCUGGAUGAUAUCGCAGUAUUCCUCGCCGAGUGUGCGGUUGCCAAUGAGAGUUGUGAGGGCGAGAUAUGAGAGGUCGGCGAACGUGCUUGCUUCGGCCGUCCACUUGUGGAGGAAGCGUGCGCCGUAGAGUUGUCGCAGUAUGUCGGAAAUGUGGUUCAUGAGGACGCCCUCAAAGUAUGCAUCUUUCUGAUGUGACCGAAUUAUGUCUGGUGCGGCAGCGAAAGGGUAGUUGAAGGACGUGGAGGGCACGGAUGGAGCUGGGCGAGCUGUCUUGGACACAUGAUCGGACAUGGUGGGUUGAAAGGCUCAGGGCCCUUCGAGAGGUAUUUCGAGCCAAUUAUUGAGGUCGCCAACUAAUACAGAUCAUAUACUGUAUGCCGUGGUAGUAGAAGCUGAUCUGGUUCGAGGAGGUUGUCGAGAAAUGAAGCUGCGGCUUUGUAAAGUCGAUCAUGAAUAUGACGGAUAUGAAGCCGAGGCUGGACGCUGGCUGUAGUGGGGACCACGACCCGGCACUUAUCAAAUAGCGCCUUUCCUAUCUCGGGGUCUUGGCGGCUUUUAUCUAUGUUCCAUGUGUCACGACUGACACGCGGUCAAAUCAACAUUUAAUUGUUUAAUUGUAUUAAUAAAUUUAUUUAUUUUGCAAACUUGGCGACCUCGACAUAUUUUGUCUUUACCCUCACAUCAGCAGGAUAUAUCUUUAGAGAUUGGAAAUUCUAUAUCGCUGGCCUCGAUGGUUAUUAUUUCACAACGCUACCAUGGAUGGAGACCCGUCUGUUGAGCCACAGCUCGACUCGUUCAGUCGGACGCUGCCGCUGCCAUACAGAUGCGCUCUUAUAAUUGUUGCUGCGGUCUGGGCCUGGGGCGCCAACCUGCAGUACCUGUCCUUUCUUAAAAUCGACGUCCCAGCCCUCAUAAGAUACCCCGGCCGACAAUCUUUGACCGAAGCCGCGCAUCAUCUGUCUACAUACCGUCUGGCGACCAUCCUCUCCGGCUCCCUCGGCCUGUCACUCGUUACAUUCUGGAUCUUCUCCCACCGCGAUGCCGAACUCGUCAUCUUCUACGACUGGAUGCCGAUGACCUACCUGCUCUUCCUCGCCCUCCUCUUCGUUCUCCCACUACGAUACCACUCCACAACAGGGCGAUACCACUUCCUCAAAACCCUACGCCGCGUCGCUGUAGGCGGAAUUGCUGAGGCGAAAGAUGGCAAAUUCGGCGAUAUCCUCCUCGCCGAUGUGCUCACCUCCUAUUCCAAGAUCCUCGCAGACCUCUUCAUAUCCGUCUGCAUGUUCCUGACUACCAAUGGAUCAGCGACAGAGCAGCCCGAUCGCCGUUGCGGCGGACGUUUCUUGGUGCCGCUCAUCAUCGCCAUCCCAAGCGCCAUCCGAUUUCGACAAUGUCUAAUCGAGUACGGUCGCGUGCGGGACGCCAACCACCGCACAACAAGUCUGGUGUCCACUGGAUCAGGCGGCGUGCACCUGGCUAACGCGCUGAAAUAUGCCACCGCCUUCCCCGUCAUCAUUUUGAGCGCCUUGCAGCGAAGCAGCUCUGAUGCGUCAACCACCGCUACUGCUGCCGAGACAUCACUGUACCGACUGUGGCUACUGGCGGUGAUUGUCAACUCGUCCUACUCAUUCUACUGGGACGUAGCUAAUGACUGGGACCUCACUCUCCUGUCGCCUGCACGCUCCAACCCAGAGCACCCGUAUGGCCUGCGACGCAAGAUGGUCUUCCGGGCAAGCGAGAUCUACUAUGUCGCUAUAGGUCUCGACUUUCUCCUGCGAAUCACCUGGACUCUGAAAUUGAGCCCCCACCUGGACCAGUUUAACGAUUGGGAGGGUGGCAUAUUCUGCAUCCAGGCUCUUGAGGUGUUCAGACGCUGGAUCUGGAUAUUCUUCCGUGUCGAGACCGAGUGGGUGAGGAAUACGAGCACGGGAUUGGGCCAGGAUGAUAUCCUUCUUGGGGACUACUCGAGUGGAAAGGACGAUGACGAUUGAACGUAUAUGGGAAAUGAUAUACGGGAUGGUUAUUCAAUUGCCCAGGCGUCUAGGGCAAUAGACUAGGAUCUCUCUGUGCACAUAGAACGUGUUUAGUAGGGUGUAGAUGACAAGCAGAAUAAUAUCAAUACUAUAUAUAACAAG